CUUAGUUCUGGAGUAGAGCCCCUGUGCAGGAGCCCUUCUGUGCCCCUCCCUGGGGUGGGCUGGGAGCAGGGAGGGGUGAAGGCAUAGGUUCAGGUCUUUCCUGUUCUCCCGGCAGUCCAAGUGACCAGCCACUGGAGGCCAGAGGCUGGAGGUGGGGUGAGACAGGACCAGCCCCUAAGCCUGGUGAGGCCUGAUCAAGCGCCGUGGCAGUCAUGGCGCUCCCGCGGAGGCAGCCUCGCCCUCGGUCCCUGCUUCUCCUGGUACUUACGUGGCUCCCCCAGAGCCCAAGUCUAGCUAUAGACCUGAUCCCCUACACGCCGCAGAUAACAGCCUGGGGCCUGGGAGGGAAGGUCACAGCCACUACGUUCUCCCUCGAGCAGCCCCGGUGCGUCUUUGAUGAGUACGUCUCAGCUAAUGACACCAUCUGGCUAGUGGUGGCUUUUAGCAACGCCUCCAGGGACUUUGAGAACCCACAGACCGCUGCUAAGAUCCCGACCUUCCCACAGCUGCUGACUGACGGCUACUAUAUGACAUUACCCCUGUCCCUGGAUCAGCUGCCAUGUGAGGACCUGACCGGUGGCAGUGGAGGUGUCGCUGUGCUUCGGGUGGGCAAUGACUUCGGCUGUAACCAGCGACCCUAUUGCAAUGCUCCCCUUCCCGGCCAGGGCCCUUACAGUGUGAAGUUCCUUGUGAUGGAUGCUGGCGCCCCACCCAAGGCCGAGACGAAGUGGUCCAAUCCCAUUCAUCUCCACCGAGGAAAGGACCCCAGCUCCAUUGACACGUGGCCGGGUCGUCGGAGCGGCUGCAUGAUCGUCAUAACGUCCAUCCUUUCUACCCUGGCUGGCCUUCUGCUCCUGGCCUUCCUGGCAGCCUCCACCACGCGUUUCUCCAGCCUGUGGUGGCCUGAGGAAGCCCCUGAGCAGCUGCGGAUUGGCUCCUUCAUGGGAAAACGUUACCUGACUCACCACAUCCCCCCCAGCGAGGCCGCCACACUGCCGGUGGGCUGCGAGCCUGGCCUGGACCCCCUGCCCAGUCUCAGCCCGUAGCCUGGUCUCUGGGGCUUGGGCCUCGGGAUCGAGCGGCCACAGCGACUCUCCCUCGCGCACAGGCCUCAGCCGCAGAUCUUUAUCAAGUCAAUGAACCUCUGCCUCUGAGUCCUAGUCCCCAUCAUCCACGCGAACCCCCAGCAUCCGGGUGACCCCUGGAGGUGUGGACAGAAGCUGCACCCAGCCAAAUGCUCCAGUGGCCAGAGAAACACUGUGAGGGGCAACUUUUGGAAUUGGGCCAGAUGCGAGCCCAGGGCCCUGUGGACCAGGAGGGGGCUAGCCUCCCCUAGGGUUGGGCGAGAGAUCCGCCCCCCUCCCCCCAGCUUGUCCCUGCACCCGGCCCUGUUUCCAUGGACCGUUGGUAUUUGCUGAGUUAAAAGAUGAAUAGCUGGCCUGUGAGAUGCCAUCGAGUCAGCUGAUAAGGAGUUGUUCCCACGUGGGAGGAGAGAACCGGCUCUGGCAAGUUGUCUUCUGACUCUGACCUCUCCAAAAAUAAGGCUCGCGUGCUCCCCACCCCACCCCGCAUCCUCUGCAUCCCCUCACCUGCCAAUACAUGAUAAGUAACCGACUUUCACUUUGAAGGUGUGUGAAUAAAGUCUCUCAGGGCUCAAGGAUCAGCUAGACUCUGAGCCUGGCGCCUUGUGCCUUGCUGUA